CUAAAGUAACUACUGAUUUUAGGGUACCAACUGGUAAAUGGAUCAACACUCCUACGGCUUCGGUCUAGCCGCUGUAGGCACGAUUCUCAUCUCGUUCGUUCUCUACCUGCUCUUGGGCGCUAAGGACAAUAGGUCAAAGCUUCCUCCAGGUCCAUGGAAUCUUCCCGUGGUCGGCAGUCUCCAUCACUUCGUCGGCACACUGCCACACCACGCAUUGCUCCGCCUAUCGCGCCGUUACGGCCCGCUCAUGCUCCUCCGUGUCGGCGAGGUGUCUAGCGUUGUGGUGUCUACGCCCGAGGCUGCCAUGGAAGUACUGAAGACGAACGACCUUGUCUUUGCGAGCCGUCCGAGCCGCCCCACGAGUGACAUCGUUAGCUGCGGCGGCAAAGGCAUCAUCUUCACACCCUACGGCGAUCACUGGCGGCUGAUGCGCAAGAUCUGCAUCGUGGAGGUGCUCAGCGCGAGGCAGGUGCGGCGAAUAGACUCCAUCAUGCAGGAUGAGAUCGCGAAGCUCGUCAGUUCCAUCGUCGCCGCGUCAUCCGCCUCGCCGGCUGCCAUCAUUAACCUCAGCAAGGCAAUGGUCGAACUCACGAACAAUAUCAUCACGAGGGCGGUGUUUGGUGGCAAGUGCCCGCAGCAAGAAACAUACCUCGGGGAGCUUCACCCUUUGUUGAUGCUUGUGGGAGGGUUCCACCUAGUGGACCUUUUCCCAUCAUCUCUGUUGGUACGGCUGCUGAGCGGUGCCACGAGUCAUCUCCGGUCGUGCCACUCCCGGAUCCAGAGAAUCCUGGGAGACAUCCUAGUUGAGCGGAAGGAGAAGGAAGCUGCCUCUGACAGCGCCGGCAGGAGAGAUGACGAGGACCUGCUAGACGUGCUCCUUAGGCUGCAGAAAGAAGACACCCUCAAUUUCCCUUUAACAUCUGAGAUCAUCGGCGCAGUCAUCUUCGAUAUAUUUGCAGCUGCAACCGACACCUCCGCUACCACGCUAGAAUGGGCCAUGUCAGAAUUAAUCCGCAACCCAGAGGUGAUGACUAGGACGAAACUCGAAGUUCGACAGAUCAGUCUAGCACCAGGGCAAUCCAUGAUAACGAGCGCAGACCUCGGCAAUCUCCACUACCUCCGAAGGGUGAUCAAGGAAACACUAAGGCUACACCCACCCGCGGCGGUGAUACGCAGGGCAGCCCGAGAAAGGUGCCAGGUGAUGGGCUACAACAUACCCAAAGAUAUCCCUGUGAUGAUAAACUUGUUCGCAGUGGGGAGGGACGCGAGGCACUGGGGGCAGGACGCGGCGGAGUUCAGGCCCGAGAGGUUCGACGCCAUGAACGUGGAGUACAGCCCGGGGUCGCAGAUGGAGUUCAUCCCGUUUGGGUUUGGCCGUAGGCAGUGCCCCGGAGCCCGGAUGGCGACGACGACGAUUGAGCUCGUGCUUGCCAAUCUGCUGUACCAAUUUGACUGGGCGAUUCCGGGUGGGACAAGCCCGGAGUCGCUGGAAAUGAGCGAGGUAUUUGGGUUAACUGUGCGUCGCAGCUCCAACCUGUGCCUGCAGGCAGCAAAUCGCCGUCCACAGCUGCACUAGUGUCCUACAAAUGGCAGCCAAGAAGCGAGCUCAUCAAACAAGUUUAUUGGUGGACCAAAAUUCUCUGUCUUAAGCCAUCUGAUUAUUAACUUGGUUGGCUGACAAGUGGGCUACCUUGCGGUGGUCCACCAAAUCAGGUGACUUAUCACAGUGAAUUUUAGUCGGACCAGUAUCCAUGGAAAAUACUAUAGAUGGGCCGGUAUACAAUAAUCUUUGGUGUGCAUAUAAGGUUUCAGUUUUAUGGCUGUGUACCAACGCAUUUAUCUACUAAGUAUUAUCUUUUACUCGAUAUGAGUACAUACAUUAUACAGAGCUAACAUAUCUGAAAUUUGGAUUUAUAUGCUUUGCUA